UCUCUGCGAAGGAUCGAAGAGGAUCCUGGUUUUUGAAUACGGAUUUCUGAAUCGCCAAUACAGUCUGGAAACGAGAACUCAGUCUUAUAAUGACUGUUACUGGAUAAAGUGUCGCGUCGUCGUGUCAAGAGGCUAUCACUUUCACGUCUCCACAACCCGGAUCUAAUGGCGUACAACCUAAACACGCCCUCUCGGAUAGGCAAGUCUCCCCCCUACCACGAAGCCAAGAACCACUCGUCCGCCGCCACGACUCCAGAAUCCACGACACCCCGCGAACCUGAAGGCGAGAAUCAUGUCCCGUCGAGGAACGCCUCGUACCCGAGGAGCAUCUGCAGCAGUUGCAGCUCGGCCUUCGGGAGCGCCAGCUCUUUCCAGGACCACGUCAUGCAGGUGUCUUCCAUCGCCUACCCCUGCUACAUGUGUCGCCUCGGUUACUACAGGUUCCCCAUAGACACCUAUUUCCGUGACGUGACGAACCUGGCCAGCGACCUGAGCGUCUGCCGGAUGGGUCAGUGGUACGUCUGCUCCGUCUGCAAAGCCAGAUUCCAGGAGGAGGCUGAGGCUAUCGUGCACAUCAGGCUCCACUGCCCAUUCUGCAAGAAAAUCGUCGGAAGGUGCAAUUACGAUUUCGCCCUGGAAAGUAAUGCCAGGAGCCACACUCUCGUUCGUACCAGAAGGGAAACCUGAGGACUGUUUCGUGAGAAUGGUGUUUCCUGCUUCGCUAAAUGAAAGUCUGUAUAUACUUUUAACUUGCUUUUGGUAACCUAGGUCCAGGAAUUUCUAAUUCUCAAAAUAUCCUUGCGUAUUUUGUGGCGGUUGUUAGCAGUAUUUAUCGUAAGUUAUCGAGGAUUGUGUACAUAGAAAUCAUUGGAUUGCAGAUGUAGUUUUAAGCGUUGCACAUUUAUCUUAUCUUCUACGUAAUUGGUCAGAUUUAUUGUUGUUUGUUUUGUAAUGAACUGAAGUGCCUUUUAAGAAUGCUAAACGUCUGUGUCCAAUAAAUUUUAUA